CUUAGCGAAGAAUUUGUUUAAUUUAGUAUUGUAGAAAAACGCGCGUGAAUGGUCUGGGUUUUUUAGUUUUUAAGUUAUUGAAUUUUUAAUAAACGAAUGACGGUGUCAAUAUAUGUUUAAGCAAGACACGGCGUUUAAAUUUAUUGUCACGUAAAGCUAAGAAAACAAGAGGAAUCAUUAAACGUUUACUAAUCGACGGUAACGCUAAAGUACAACACUUAGUUUAUGAAUAAUAACAACAAUGGGUCGCAGUCCAUCUCCUUCACAUAGAAGGCGUGAAAAAGAACGUUCCGAACGUAAAAAAAGAAGAGAGCGCCGUUCAAGAGAGCGCGAAAGGGACCGCGACCCAGAAAUGGCACCAUCAAGUAGCUCUGGUCGCACUUUAAGACGGAGGUCACCGCAUCGUCACGAGCGUGAUAGGGAUCGUAGUCGCAGUCGGGACCGAGAUCGUAGUGAAAGAAACAGCAGACGCCGGUCGAGGUCACGUUCACAUGGACAUGCUUCUACUUCAGCGUCAUCAUCUACACGUCGUCGUGGUGGUGCCAGUUCACGUGUAGAACGCCCCAAAAUUAGUGAAGCCGAUUUGGAGGGAAAAUCCCCUGAAGAGAUAGAAAUGCUUAAAACAAUGGGUUUCUGUACGUUCGACACAACAAAAAAUCGAAAAGUUGAAGGUAAUGAUGUCGGAGAAGUACAUGUAAUCCUAAAACGCAAGUACCGUCAAUAUAUGAAUCGUAAAGGCGGCUUCAAUCGUCCUUUGGAUUUUGUAGCAUAGAAUUGUCAUAUAAAUGGCAAUUACAUAUGUUAUGCUGCGAUUUUAGCUGCUUUCUAGUUUUAUUGUUAUUUUUUGUUAGCGUUGGUAAUGAUAAAAGUCAUUACUUUCGAAACAAAAAGCCUGCAAUUUUAUGCAAUAGACCGGUUUACAAAAUUUUCACAUUUUACAAAUCAAAAUUUCCAUCACAUACAAACCUACCUCUCUAGUUGUUAAAUAAUAUAUAUAGGAUUUUAUAUCUUUUUUAAACAUUAUAUAAAUACAUAUUUUUAUUACUUUCAUCGUGUUAGAAUUGAAAAAAAAAAACGUUAUAAAUGUUAAGAUUAAAAAUGUCUCAUUUCUUAAACUAAAAAAAUUUAAAACUAUAUAUGUAUAUCCAAUAUUCAGGAGUAUUUUAUGAUAUUUCUAUUCGUAAUACUUUUUUGCAAGUUCGUUUGCAUAAUCUUCAAUUAGUAAUUGAAAAAAUAUAUUAAGCAAAACGACAUAACAAUAAAGUAUUAUUGAGAAAAAUACUUGUUAUGAAUUAACUGGUAUUAAACUAAAAUAUACACAAAUUUCAAAAUCUUUUCCCAUUAAAAAUCCCCGUCACACAUACACACAACACAAUCCUCCAUACACUGCAAUAGUACAACUUUUUGUUAAUUAGAUUUUAAUCAAAUUGUGAUUUUUUUUAUAAAAUAAUUACUAUAAAAAAAACUUAUUUACACAAAUAACUCCAGCCCUAAAAUCCCUAAAUCCUACCCUACAUAUAAUCACACAUACUCCCAGUCCCAUACAAUAGACCAAAUAUGCAAUAGCCAGGGAUUUUUUAUAUUUACACAUUGUUAAAUAGAACAGAUUUUUGUUUUUUAUAUGUAUACAUAAUGGAAAAACAACUGAAAUAAUAAUAAUAUAAUUUUAAGUGAUAUCAAAUCGUUUAUUGUAUAAAUAACAGACAGUUAACAGUUAAUUCUAUCACAAGUGCCGAUACAAUUUAUUGUCAGUUAUACUAAAAGAAUUUUCUUAAAGAUAUUUUUCUGAACAAUUUUAUUAUUUAAUUUUUCUUUAUUUUCUUUCUUUUAUCUGCCAUUAUUUUGCAAUAGUUAAUGUUUGGCUGAACAAGAUUUAAAAAAAAAUAUAUUUGGCUCAUAAUGUACUACAUAUAGAUACGUAUGUACAUGUACUUUAAACCUGUCCAUAUACAUAUUGAAUUAAACAUAAUUUCAUUUACUGAAGAACCAAUCGACAUAAUUCAAAGACUAGUUAUUUUAAGGGCAGGUCUAAUGUACGCACAUACUAUACGUAUUUUACAAUACAUUUGUACUUUUAUUUUUUAAAGAAAUUGCAGGAUUUUUAUUUUUAUAACCUAUAUAUAAAAUGUAAUUUAUUUUUACUAUUCUGCUCAAUAAACGAAACACAUUUUUCAUUUGUA